AUGUACGUUCAUGUACAUUUUUGGUACAACAAAACCAUUCCUACAUUGGCCAAAAUAUACGCAGUUAUUAAGGACGACGAUAGUUUACCGUAUGUAUCAGAAACCAAUUUAUAUCGUCUUUUAAAAACCAUGGAUUUCGAAUACACCAAACGAAGCCGCAAUAGUGCUCUCGUCGAAAGAGACGAAUUAGUUGUAUGGCGUCAAUAUUACUUGGAGGAUAUAAAGAAAUACCGGGAAGAAGGGAGACACGUGUACUACCUGGACGAAACGUGGGUCAAUGCAAGAGAAUGUACCAACAAAACAUGGGUAGACAAAACCGUCAAAUCGUGCCAUGAUGCAUUUGUUCGAGGCCUCACAACAGGGCUGAAAAAUCCAACAGGGAAAGGCAAACGACUGAUCAUUUUACACAUAGGGUCGGAAGACGGGUUUGUACCAGGUGGACUCCUAUGUUUUGAGUCGAAAAAAAACACGAAUGAUUAUCAUGACGAGAUGAACGGUGACACAUUUUUUGAAUGGAUGCAAAAUAUAUUACUAAAACUAAAAGAAAACUGUGUCAUCGUUAUGGAUAACGCAUCAUACCAUUCAGUAAAGGCAGACAAAAUACCUACUACAUCAACAAAAAAGGCGGACAUAAUUAAAUGGUUGGAAGAAAAAGGUGAAGUUAUCGACAAGCCUAUGGUAAUUCCUCGACUACUUGAAAUAGUACGCAGAAUUAAACCAAUGCACGAGAAAUAUGUAAUUGACGAACUGGCCAAAGAACACAACCGCACCAUCUUAAGACUCCCACCGUACCAUUGUGAGUUAAAUCGGAUAGAGCACGCUUGGUCAUCAGUCAAACAUCACGUCAAAAUAAACAAUACCAGCUACAAAUUACCUGAUGUGAAAAAUUUGUUGUUGGAAGGUAUCGAACGGGUGAAUUCCGUUAUGUGGAAAAAUUUCAUAAGUCAUACCGAAAAAAUCGAAAAAAAAUUCUACGAAAUGGAUUUCAUCGUUGACCAAAUGCUGUCUGCAGAAGUAGAACCUUUUGUCAUCAAUGUAAGUAAUUCCUCUUCCGAGUCUGAGUCUGACUAA